AUGGGAGCUUACCAAGGUAAAGUAAAUGAAAAUGAAGAAGAAGCACAAAAGUAUAUCGAAGAACUGAUCCAAAAGCACCCUGUGAUCAUGUUCACCAAAGUGCAUUGCCCGUAUUGUUACCAAGCUAAAUGGGCGUUCGACAGCAUUAACGUAAAGUAUGAAGAUGUGGUUUUAACUCAACGCCCAGAUGCUGGCAUCAUACAAGAUGUCUUGUUGAAAAUGACCGGUGCACGAACUGUACCCCGAGUUUUUAUCAACCAGAAGUGCAUAGGUGGUGGUUCGGAGACUAGUGCGUUAAAUAAGCAAGGCGAUCUUGAACGAUUGGUAAAAGACGCUGGUAAUUGA